AUGCCCCCAGCUGAGGGUGGCCGUCCGUACCGCGACAUCAAGACCGCUUCGUCGCUUAGAGCCUCGGUCAAACCGACAGCCUCUUCCGUCUUUCGUAUGGCCUAUGAUUUUGCGGAGAAGGGUCGAGGUAUGAUGGGGUGGCCCUCGGACAUCAAGUUACCCUCGCCACGGCCGCAGCUCCCACGCAGACGCUCGUAUCGCAAUUUCUUGAUUAUCUGCAUUGUCGGUUUGCUAUGGAUAUUUUCUUACAGGCACUACGAGUGGGUGAAGUCGACAAACAUACCCAUCCUCGGCGCUCGACCGUCUGAGUUGCACGGCUACUUCCCUCCAAUAGGGAAUAAUUUUCUACCAAAAGUUGCGGAUUACAAUGUGUAUCGAAGAACGCACCCAAGAACGCCCUUGUUCAUUCCGUUCACUAGAAACAACUCCAUGCUUCGUCAAGCCGUGCUAAGCUACAUCGCAGCCGGCUGGCCAAGAAAUGACAUCGUCAUCGUGGACAACACCGGUGUUAUGGAUUCCAACGAGAGACAUCUGCUCGCCGAAGAUAAUCCCUUCUUCUUGGACUACGACCUUUUCAGGCGUAGAUACGGAGUUUCAAUCCUUCAGACGCCUACGCUGUUCAAUUUUGCGCAGCUGCAGAACUUCUUUCUAAGGACAGCGAUCGCACGACAGUGGCCAUUCUACUUCUGGAGUCAUAUGGACAUUGCGGUCCUUAGUGGUGAGGACCUUCAGCCUUUCAAGUCCUUUUACCAUCGAGUCAUCGACGUUCUCGAUUCCGUGGGGCUGGAUCAGUAUUCGACUCUUCCUCCAACACCCGAGCAGGAAGCCGGAAAGGAGGAACCGAAGUCAAGGCGCUCCUUAACUGAAAUGGCGAGGAGAAAGCAAAAGGAGUUGAAAUGGGCGAUCAAAUUCUUCGAAUUUGACAAUUUGGCACUGAUCAACGUCGAGGCUUGGAAGAAGAUCGGCUCCUGGGAUGUCUUCAUCCCAUAUUACAACACUGACUGCGAUGCUUACGCCAGAGUGUUGAUGAAUGGAUACACCAAGGAUGAAGUGCAGGCAGGCUACAUAUUCGAUGUGGCUGACCUUGUGGAGGACCCAGAAAUUCGCUUCUUCCCUGCGGAGACAGAGAAGGACCGGAAGAAGUGGGGUCUCUCGCCAUCAGGACCCGAACCGUACGGCGGAGAAGUCAACAGCGCGCGUUUUCAAUGGCUGAAAUCCGAGCUUCAAGAAAUGAUGGACGUGAAGAACACUAACGAACUUGGACGCAACACAUGGCAAGGUGCCUCGGCGGAUCGACGGCCCCCCCGACAUCCUGAGCCGUGGUCGCAUUCCCCCAAGGACUUCCAGGCCUCCUGGUGGGCGGCAGCAGAUGCUGGUCGUGCAAUUUAUAUCAAGAAGUGGGGGACACUUCAGUGCGACUUGACGGAAAACAACCGAACUCUGCAACAUGUCUGGUUCCAGGAGCAUGUGCAAGAAGAAAGCCCCGAGUGGGUUGCAAGAAUGCAAGAGAUGGAACACUGGAAUGGCAUCUUAAAUGAAGCAGCCAUUCGGUAG